GUGUCCCUGAGCCGGGUGAAGGUGUUUACGCCAAGGUCAGGGCCGCUGGACAGCCGCCGUCCGCGUCCGCCGCCGCUUUGCCUCGGGAUGUGGAAGGCUUUAUGAAGGGCCGGCACAGUGUCUGGCCCAUGGCAGGAGCUCUGGCGGUAUUUUAAUGACUUUCCUUGGGAUGGGUACCCUGCCCUGGAUCCUGGGAGAAUGGAAAUGUAGUGGGAAACGCUUCCUCCUUGCAGAAACCAUCUCUCUAAGUAGACAAAUCACAUUAUUACAAUAAGCAGAGAAUUAUCAGAAUAAAAAUGGUUGAAAUGUAGUUAAUAUGUCAGUGCUGACUACGCAUAACUUUUAGAGUUGGGAAAUGCCAUAAAGAUUAAAGUGACUUGGAAAUGGUACAGUGGGACAGUGGCUGUGCCACUGAUCAGCGCUGGCUGCACGGUUGUUUGUCAUCCAUGUUCACGUGUGUUGGGUAAGUGACUGCUCUGGCAGGAAGAAGUCAGACUUGGGCGGAGGAAAGAGGAGGGGUCUGGGAGCACCCGCCAGAGCUCUGAGCUGUUGCAGGACUCCCAGGGUGGCAGGCGGUGACGUGGGGCGAAGCCCCGGAGAGGAGGAGGAUGGUCAUAGAAAUGGGAAAGUUUGUGAUAAUUGUCGUCCAGGUCACCUCGCUUUAAACUCCCUAUUUCCAGGAUUGCAUGAGAGAUGGAAAUAAGUCAAAGGGGUGUAGUGGUAGCGGGUGAGCCGCUAGUCAGGAGACGCUGAUUCUAGUUUCAGCUGUUCAGCUUUAUAGCUUUAAGCAGAUUAGAAUCUCUCUGGCUCUAAGUGCCUUUUCAACAAACACUCGCGGACACCUACUUGCAACCUAGUAGAUUUUUGGAGGAUAUUAGGGAGACACAGAAAUUAUCAUUAGGUUCAUUGCCAUGGAAAAUAUGGCAAUGAACCUAAUGAUAAUUAAGCUGUACUUACAGGUGAUUUGGAAGGUAAAUAUUUUUAAAUACAUGAGUUCUUGGUUUUUACUUUAUUGGAAUACCGUUAGGAAACUUAAAAUUUUUCCUUACAAAUUUUUGUGGAUUAGCAGGUAAAUUCUACACAUCCAGCAACGUAAUACAUUCAUGUAAAUCGUGUUAAAAUAGUUGUAGCUUACUGUAAGGCUUAUAAAAAUAACGAGAGAAGAAAUCUAAAAUUAAAGCAUUUUACUAGCAGACUAUUUAGCUUGUUCUCGCGUUUCAUUUAUUAUGACAUUUUCACUUGUUAAUAUUUCAUGUGAAAUUGGGAAAAUGUGAGAGAUACUGGGGCAUCCUCUUGUAAGUGCUCAGACACGACUAAGUCCGUACAAACAGGGAGUGAUGACGGUGGGUUAUAUUUAUGAUCCGUGCUGGGCCCCUGGGUGGUAGCACCAGGGAGUACUGUGUGCACAGCGAGGCGUGCGCUGCCUGGGGCGGGACAGCUCGUGUGCGAAUUCCGGCUCCAGUGCCAAGCAGCCCUGUGACUGAGUUCCUCGCCACAGCCUCGGUUUCUUCAUCUGGGCGCUGGGGCCGACGUGGCAGUUCUCGGAGCCUUUCAUGUUCAUUACUGGACGGGGUUCUCAUAAUGGUUUCUCUACUUUGCAGACGACUCGGCGACAGUAAGAGGCUCGCUUGAGACCCCUCGUCUAAUUCUCCGUGGAGACCAGACGUAAACCCCGGGCUUGGCUGGUUUUGCUUUGUCUGUCUGUAGUUCCGUUGUUCUUUAGCCUCUGACAUGCAGGCGUCCAGCUCCAGGUCCGUGCACCUGAGUGAAUGGCGGAAGAGCUGCUUUGCGAUCACGUCGGGCACAUGUACAGCCGGGCAGAAGGCAGAUGCCUACCGGGCGCAGAUACUGCGCAUCCAGCACGCGCUGGCGAGCUCUGAGCUCUCGCAGGUCUGUGCCGCCAGACUGUUCAAAAGAUACGCGGAAAAGUACUCUGCCAUAAUUGAUUCCGACAACGUUGAAACCGGCUUGAAUAACUAUGCAGAAAACAUUUUCACUUUAGCAAGGUCCCAGCAAACAGACAGUGACAAGUGGCAGUCUGGACUGUCGGUCAAUAAUGUUUUCAAAAUCAGUACCGUACAGGAGAUGCUGCAGGCUGGCAAGAGGUUCCGGGACGCCCUGCUGACACCUGCCGACGCGUCAGUGGUGAUCCAUAAAGAGGCCAUGACCGCCGGUCCCGCUGAGCUUGGUGCUCGGGGCAGUUCUGCGGAGAGCGACCCGUUUCCUCCCUCAGCUCCUGGUCCAGAUAGGCCCCGAGACGUCCCCGGGAGCAGUCCUCUGAUGGGCCCUCCGAGUCCCCAGCCACCUGUGGUGACGAACACCCCAAAGACGUGUCCCACAUCCGCAGCACCUUUUGGUGAAGUAGUCACUGCACAGUUCCGUGCCACGCCAUUAUUUGGAAAUGUCAAGAAGGAAAAUCACAGGUCCCCAAAAGCCAGCACAGGACUGAGCGUGUUCUCAUCCCAUCAGCCUUUUCCUUCUGGCUGUGGAAAUCCACGAGAAAGGAAAGCUGGUUACGUUUCUGGCACCACCGACGCCUUCUCCACAAUACCGAGUCAGGGCUUUGGCGGAACAGAGGAUGCUGGCCAGAGAGAGGAGAGCAGCCUGCCCAUGUUUAAAACUGCGAGAGAGCAGUUCUGGGCAGAUCAGCACAAGAAGUGCCGCCAACCCCCGCGUGCGUCCGGGCCUUCGUAUGGCGGCGUGAAGAAGUCUCUGGGAGCCAGCAGGUCCCGAGGAAUAUUCGGCAAGUUCGUGCCCCCUGUGCCUCAGCACGAAGGCGGGGAGCCGGGCGGGGGCCUGCAGAGUAAGUCCGACAGUGCUGUGCCUGCGGGCCCGGGGCAUCCAGCCGACGAGCGGCUCAAGAAUGUGGAGCCGAAGAUGAUUGAACUGAUCAUGAGUGAGAUUGUGGAUCAUGGGCCCCCGGUGACCUGGGAUGACAUCGCGGGGGUCGAAUUCGCCAAGGCCACCAUAAAGGAGGUGGUGGUGUGGCCCAUGCUGAGGCCAGACAUCUUUACUGGUCUGCGAGGGCCCCCUAAGGGCAUCCUGCUCUUCGGGCCUCCCGGGACCGGCAAAACGUUGAUCGGCAAGUGCAUCGCCAGUCAGUCCGGGGCGACCUUCUUCAGCAUCUCCGCCUCGUCCUUGACCUCCAAGUGGGUGGGCGAGGGGGAGAAGAUGGUUCGGGCGCUGUUCGCCGUCGCCAGGAGCCAGCAGCCGGCCGUGAUAUUCAUCGACGAGAUCGAUUCCCUGCUGUCUCAGCGGGGAGACGGCGAGCACGAGUCUUCUCGGAGGAUGAAGACCGAGUUCCUCGUGCAGCUGGACGGAGCCACCACAGCUCCCGAAGACCGCGUCCUGGUGGUGGGGGCCACCAAUCGGCCGCAGGAGAUCGACGAGGCGGCCCGCAGAAGGCUGGCGAAGAGGCUGUACAUUCCGCUCCCGGAAGCCGCCGCCAGGAAGCAGAUGGUGACGGCUCUGCUGUCCAGGGAGCGGAGCCGCCUCAGCGAGGAGGAGGUGGCGCUGGUCGUGCAGCAGUCUGCCGGCUUCUCGGGGGCCGACGUGACGCAGCUCUGCAGAGAGGCGUCCCUCGGCCCCAUCCGCAGUCUGGGGGCCGCCGACAUCGCCACCAUAACGCCAGAGCAGGUGCCACCCAUUGCUUACGUCGAUUUCGAAAACGCUUUCAGAACUGUGCGACCCAGUGUGUCCCCAAACGACUUGGAGCUCUAUGAAAACUGGAACCGAACUUUCGGUUGUGGGAAGUAAGCGGGCUCCUGGCACUGAGGUGGGCGCCCAGUCCCUCCCCUUCAGCACGGGACCCUGGGGGUCGUUAGCCGGGCGCUUCCUGUGCACCGUAAGUUAGAUACCUCAGGAUGGCACAGCACGAGCUCGGCGCCCACGUGGACUCACGCAGCCUGUGCCAACAAGCUGGGUGCAUGCGCCCGCCGUGGACGCCCGUUCGCGCAGAGCACGGAGGAGCUGUCUUUGCUCGUUUCUGAUGGGUCUUUGUUUUCGGCAUGUGUAAUGGGAUGAAUGGUGAGCUCAAGUUGAAAUUAAGAAAUCAUAUUUGUGUGUGAGGACGCACGAUUUAUAUAUUCCAUUGAAGAACGUUUGUUCGGAAGACCACAUAAUUCUGUGCUGGCUGGUUUUGUGGUUUGCAUUUGAAACAGCAUUGCUUACUGUUGUUUAAUAAAUUUAAGAUCUCAGCAAAAGCUGGAAUAAAAGCACCUGUUUUUAAAAGCA